AUGUCUUUACGGGGCAGAAGAGAGCAUUCAGGGGGCCUGUCACUUACGGUUGGCCACAUCCCUGAAACCAGCCAGCCAGCAUUGGGGGUGGUUGGUUGAAUCCCUGAAUAUGGAACCAAUGAGUAGAAAAAAGUCCCUUAACAGUGAACCCCUCAAUUCAAACCAGCGGUGUUCAAGAGUCAACUGUCCUUAAAAUCCUAAUGGAGGAAGAGUAAUAAUAAUAAUAACCGCUAACUGGGAGUGCCCUGCACUGUCAGCGCUUUAUGUGUAUCAUGUAUUAAUUCAUUUAAAGAGAAGAUUGGUGUGUUUAACAAUUGAAAGUGGUACCCCUUGAAUGAUUGCUUUUGGCAGCCCGAGUCUUACAAAAGGGGUGAGACAAGACAAUAGGGCCAGGUGUGCUCCGGGCAGGCCCAGCUAAGGUGGGCAGUGGGAUGAGUGGCCUUAGGGGUCAAAGCCAAGUCUGCGGCUGAUGAGGUGAUUAGCCCUGGAACGUGUAGCCUUACAGAUGUAAGAGGCAAGCCCCCCACGCUGACUUGUGCCACACACCCACUCUGGCAGGCUGUUAGAGGGGAUGCUUGCUGCUCCCUGAUGAUGUUCAGCAGCUACCCAGGAAGAUGCUGUGGGCUUCGAACAGAAGAUCCUUUUGCCCUCGUGUUUGAAAGGGAAGCUCCAGAAAGCCUGCCGCCACUGAGCUAUAGAAAUCAGCCUGCGUAGUUAAGUCCAGGGUGACAAGGAAGGAGGAAGAGUUCAAGCUGACUCCCUCCUUUCAUGGCACUGGUCAGAGGUUCACUGAGCCCUGCCUCAGCUCAGCCUUCCACCUUUCUCAGCUCAGCAGCUUCCCUUUCUCCUAUCACACCGAGUCUCCCCCUAAUUCCUCGACAGCUCAGUCAAGUCCCCUGGUGUGGCCACUUGGUUUGUAGCCUGACAUCAGUGACAUCCUCUUUUCUGUCCCCCAAGGACACAUGACCAGGUCCGCUUGUUCCCAGGGGUAGCCCCAACUCCUUCCAUAGGGCUUCCAGCGUUAGACUUCCUGUACGUGUUCAUUGAAUGAGCAAAGAGAAGUCUCCAGAAUUAUUCUCCAUGGUCCCAAUAAUAUUAAAGCAAAUGAUUGAUUUUCUUAAGAGCCAUUUCCCUAAACUCUUCCAUUUCUUGUUUUUUUAGCAGUCACCUUGUUUUAUCAUCAUACAUCCUAGAUUCAGCCUUUAAGAUGUCAGACGAUGACAACCCAACUGUGGUGGAAGAGGAGUUUGAGGAGCCUGAGGAUUUAGCAGCUAAUGAUGACGUUGAUGCUAAGCCCGACCGGUCCUCAUUCAUCUCGUCAGUGUUCAAUAAGAAAAGGAAGAGUGACUCUAGGACGUCCAUCAAGAAAUCCCAGGACCAACAGACUUCAUGUCAGUAUAACAUGGAUUUUGAGAAGAUGGGCACGUGCAUCAUCAUAAACAACAAGAAUUUUGACAGUUGCACAGAAAUGGGCUGCCGAACUGGAACGGACAGAGAUGCUGAGGCCCUUGUGAAGUGCUUCCGAAACCUGGGUUUUGAUGUGACUGUCCAUAAUGACUGCUCCCGUGCCAAAAUGGAAGCUGUGCUGAAGGAAGUUUCUGAACAGGACCACAAAAAUUCAGCCUGCUUCGCCUGCAUCUUACUGAGCCAUGGAGAAGAUGAUGGUUUAAUUUAUGGAACUGAUGGCUUGACAUCAAUAAAGGAGUUGGCAGCCCCUUUCAGAGGAGAUAGAUGCAAAACCCUCUUAGAGAAACCCAAGCUCUUCUUCAUUCAGGCUUGCCGGGGGACGGAGCUGGACCACGGCAUCCAGGCCGAUUCAGGGUUUGUCAAUGAAACGGAUGCUCAGCAGCACUACAAGGUCCCAGUCGAAGCCGACUUUCUCUUCGCCUAUUCCACCGCUCCAGGCUACUACUCAUGGCGGAGCCCAGGAACUGGCUCCUGGUUCAUACAGGCCCUCUGCAAAGUCCUGAACGAACACGGGAAAAGCCUGGAGCUCAUGCAAAUGCUAACCAGGGUCAACUACACAGUGGCCAGGGACUACCAGUCCAGGACCGACAACCCAGACAUGAGUGAGAAGAAGCAGAUCCCAUGUAUAGUCUCCAUGCUCACCAAGGAGCUCUACUUCCACAAGUAACCGCUUGAAGCACGGCUGCUGAGAAUCAACGGAUCAUUUGUCGACAAAUCAGACUUUUAGGAAAUAUCUGGAAAUGCUAAGGUGUUCAAAAUUGAAGUGGAGCUCACGAAUGAAUUUAUUUAGGUUUUAAUUUUAGGGAAAUGUGUUGAUUCAACAAGGAAAAAAACUUCAUGGUGCUUUGUGUGUUUGGGUUUUAGUCUUUUUUUUUUUUUUUUAACAAGUUGUAUGUUUGAUGAUGUUAUAAUUUUCUUGUAUUUCCUUCUCCUUGUUGUCCCACUUACUACAACAAACAUAACCUCUGCAGAUGACUCUUGGUGGUGUCCACCGUGAUUGGUGAUGACAAUGGUAUACAGUUUCAGAGUCAUAUUCGUACCAGGCAAAGAACACCAGGGUGUCACAGAAAAUAGCUUGUGUUUACCUGUAGUGCAAAAGGUGGUUAUUGAGUGUGAUUUGAGUCCUUUUUUUGUUGACUUCGGGAAGCGUCUCAUGCACAAAUUCCCAGAUAAGUUGGGGGAACAGGGAGAAAUGUAAGGAUUCAAAUAUGUAUGAGUCAGGAUCCAUGUAGGAAAACAGGCCCAUUCUUGGUGUUUCAGUCGAAGGAACUUAAUAGAGUAAUUGACUUACAUAGAUGAUAGAAGAGAAGCCAAAUAAAUAGAAGGAGUUGUCACUCAGGGUUUUGAAGAGGUGUGGUUCCCUGUGUUCUCCACAGGAGCUAGAACCAUUCUAGGGGCUGUUGGGUGGUCCUGUAAAUGGGUGAAACUUAAUGGCAAGAUUUUUUACUUUGUUUUCAAGGUGGUAUGUCUUUUGAAUUUUGGAUAAAUUGCUAUUUUAUUCAGCCUUAACUGGUUAACAAAUAUUCAAAUUUUUGAUUAAAAUGUGGU